AUGAGGUCAACCCCAACGAUCGCUCAUUGCGACUUCGUGCCCGAUCUGCUCCAGCAACUCCUCGAGACCAACUCAAACGCGCAUUUGAUUGUCUGCGCGACCAAGGCCGAGUUCCUUGUGCAGUUGACGGCGGCCAUUCGUUUUCAACGCGCAGAGCCAGAUGCGGCAGCGAGCCAUGAUCUACUUACAAAAACCAUUGGAUUGCUUGCAAGAUCCAGCAAAAUCAGGCUGGCGUUCUGUCCGACCCUUGAAAGUCUUCGGGCAUACCUCGCAGUUCUGACUGCUGCUGACGGGAUGGAUAUUCAGGAUACACAGAGUUCCAGUGACCGACAACUUCUUGCUGUCCUGAACAUGGUGGCUUUGCAUGUUACGACUUCGGAGUUCUCGGCACAAGGGCUCUCGAGAACACUUGCCGCGGCUGUCGAGGCUGCCUCCAGGGCCGAGCUAGACCUCCAACUCUACGAGUGUGCAAAUGCUCUAGAUCCUACAAGUGCCGACUGGGGAAGGAAGCUAUGGGAUAUGAAUGCCCCUUUGUUGAAUGGAUCCGUUCGGAUGCGAGGCGAUGAAAGCACUAUGAGUGGUCGGGGUGUUACCGUGAAGCGGGUUGCUUCGCGCUGGUUCGAGUUCGACCAGGAAUACUGA